AUGGAGGACAACGGCACUCCUCCCGCUCCUCGCGAGGACCGCGGUCCGCGUAUUCCUCCAGCCAAACUCUCAACCAUCGAAGCCGAUCCUACUAUCUCCAUCUUUUACAGACCAAACAAGUCCUCUCCCCUCCAACUUCUCGAUGGCAGAUUCUCUCGGGACGCGGCCAUGAUCUUCUGCGACCGUAUCCGACGUGAUCUCAUGAACAACAACAGUAAAUCUUUCACCAUCAAUGGUGGGGAUUUGACUGGUAUGAAGGAGGUCCUUCUCUGGAUCAAACAGUGUGUUUCGGCGCAGAACAUCGUCAAGUACAGAGAACUCGAAGACGACACCUGUGAGCUCUUCAAGUCGUACGCCAAUGUCAUCAUCUCAGCAACUUACUUGGGAAUUCCUGCUCGCGAUCUCGCCGAUGGUCUCGUCAAGCGCAUGCUAGGUAUUGCUCGAAAGGUGCUUAUGAGCUGGGAAGUUGUCGAAUGGUUCUACAAAUCCCCUGCCUUGGAUGCCUGCACCGAGUCGGUCCGCGAAGUCGCCGCCGCGAGUGUCUUUUGGGGAUGGUGGAACGGAAAACUGAAUGAAGAGGAGACUUCGGAGGACUUGAUGUUUCUCGACAUGCUGAGAAUUGAGAUUCCCAAGCUCGAUCAGGACUUGCAUGAUUGGUGUGAGCGCAACGAACGAAACGUGAGAGAAAAAUGGGAAGAGAAGAGAAAAGCCAAACAGGAAGAACAAGCUGGUUUCGACAAUGCCGGUGAUGCUGGCGGCUUCUCGUCUGGAAGCGGAGGCGACGGCUGGGACAAUGCGGGAGAAAUUAGCACUGGUGGUAGCGGCUGGGAUGCUGGCGACGGCUUCUUGUCUACCGAGCCACUCAUUGCGACUGCAGGAAACCUUGCACCUGGUGGAUGGGACGCUGCGCUUCAAGCACCUGAGAACGAUGAGUUUGGCUUCGACUCUGGAAUCAGUGUCAACACCGGUGCCAGCAUGGAAAAGCAAGAGCAUGGAUUCGACGCCUACAAGCCACCACCAGGAGAACAUGGAGCUAGGCACGACAAGAAGGGCAGCUUUGGUAUGGAGAAUGAUGGCGGAGACUGGGCAGAGGAAGUCAACGAUCAUGUCCAGUACCAGAAUCAGUCAUGGUAGAUCACCGUCUGAUCUGGCUUAACGGCUUGGAGUGCUCAAGACUAGCAUGGAAAGUCAGCAUUGUUGAAAAGCGUCCUGGCAAGAGAGCAAUCGAGCAGAGACGUGUUGAGUCUCCAUGACGAGAGAUCCUGUCAAAGAAAAG